AUGGAAAGUAGGAAUAACACAAAUAUUCCUGACUUCAUCCUUAUGGGAUUGACAGACUCUGAAGAGAUCCGGUGGGUCCUCUUUAUUCUAUUUCUCCUGAUAUACCUGAUUACCAUGCUGGGGAAUGCAGGGAUUAUACUAUUAAUUCACCUGGAUCUCCAGCUUCACACUCCCAUGUAUUUAUUCCUCAGUCAGCUCUCAUUCAUUGACCUCAGUUACUCAACAGUCAUCACACCUAAAACCUUAGAGAACUUACUGACUUUCAACAAAAUUAUUUCAUUCAUGGCCUGUUUCACCCAGAUGUCUUUUUUUGUCUUCUUGGGUGCCACUGGGUGUUUCCUUCUCUCUUCAAUGGCCUAUGACUGCUAUGUAGCUAUCUGCAACCCUCUUCAUUAUCCUGUUGUUAUGUCCACAAGACUCUGCUGUGCCCUCAUCACUGGGUCCUACAUGAUGUGUUUUACUGAAUCAUUAGUUAAUGCUGUUUACAUGAAUGGUUUGCAUUUCUGCAACUCCAGUGUAAUCUAUCACUUCUUUUGUGAUUUAAUCCCAAUUUUAGCCCUGUCCUGCACUGACACUCAAGACAUGGAAAUUAUGAUAUUCAUUUUUGGUAGUUUAAAUGUUAUUGUGUCUUUUAUUACAAUCUCUGUGUCCUAUGGGUCCAUUCUGUCUACUAUCCUGAAAAUUAAGUCCACUUCAGGAAAGUGCAAAGCCUUCUCUACUUGUGCCUCCCACCUCCUGGGUGUUACCAUCUUUUAUGGUGCUCUGAUUUUUACUUAUUUAAAACCAAAGAAGUCCUACUCUUUGGGAAGGGAUCAAGUGGCCUCUGUGUUUUAUACUAUGGUGAUACCAAUGCUGAAUCCACUCAUUUAUAGUAUUAGGAACAAAGAAGUGAAAAAUGCUCUCAAUAGAUGCAUGCAAAAGAGAGAGGUCUCCAGGCAACUGAAAUGA